AUGGCCGCCGCGGACACGUCCCGCGACCGGGCCUUCGUGCCCUUCUCGGAAGCGAUGCGAGUCGAGCCGCUGGACUCGCACACGUACCGCGUCGACCUCGACGCCAGCUUCUGCAUCGGCGCCGUCCCGAACGGCGGCUACUCGGCGUCGUGCGUGCUGGCCGCCGCGCGCGCGCACCUCCGGGCGCGGGGCCAGCCCGACACGCUGGCCGCGCACUUCGAGUUCCCGCGGCGGACCGCGCCGGGCCCCGCCGUCGUCGUCGUCGAGGACGUCCGGCUGGGCCGCCGGCUGUCGACGCUGCACCUGAGCCUGUGGCAGGACGCGGGCGCGGGCGCGGGCCUGCUCCCCCGCGCGCCCUGGGUCGACCGCGCGGCCGCCCGCUGCGCCGUCCUCGCCUACGCCACCCAGGUCGACCUGCGGGCCUUCUCGGGGCUCAGCGCGCCCACGGGCUACGCGAGCACGGCCGCCGCCGCGCUGCCGCCGCCGCCCCCCUCGGCCGCCGCGCUCGCCGCCGGCACCGACCCCCGCUGGGCCGAGGCGCGGCCGCCGCGGUCCCCGGCGAUCGGCCUGUCGUCGCUGCGCAACUGGCGCUUCUUCGUGCCGCGCGGCGGCGAGCCGCUCGCGCCGGGCGUGCUCGACAUGUGGGUGCGCGCGGCCAGCGGCGAGCGCGUCACGCGCGCCGCGCUCGCCUACGUCGUCGACUCCUUCCCCUACAACCUGCACGCGUUCCUCGCGGCGCCCGAGGCGCGCGCGCGGCUCGCGCCGCCGCGCGACCGCGCCGACCGCGAGCGCGCCAGCCUGUGGUUCCCCACCGUCGUGCUGGACCUCCAGACCGCGGCCGCGCUGCCCGACGACGGCGUCGACUGGCUCGCCGUGCGCGUCACGUCCAAGCUGAUCAAGGACGGCAAGUUCGACCUCGACGUCCUCGUCCGCGACGUCCACGGCGAGAUCAUCGCCUCGAGCCGUCAGAUCGCCCUCAUCGUGAGCUCCGAGAGGAACACCGGCGAGAGAGCGCCCUCGGCCAAGGCUUCGCUGUGAGAAUUGGUCGAUUCCCAGACACCGCACGAGAGGGAUGUCCAUUCGGGCGUGCCCGCUGCACCAAUCUAAUUCCGUGGUGUUACGACUCAUUAAGACAUCUAGGCACAUCGCCCCCAAAUGCGCGGGAGAGAAAGUCGGCGAAGGGGCCAGGAAGUUCGCCUAAAUUUACGCUUAUUUUCCUCUUCUCCGCCGCUCGACGAGCUCCUUACUUCCCACCCCUCAACAACCUCAGCGCCCCUCAGCGCACUGUUUCGAUCUAAAAAUACAUGUAUAUCGGUAUGUUGUUAAGCUGAAGAUUAGUUGUGUUUUAAU